UCUUUAUUUCCACCAUUUCCCUCUCAAUUAUUUGCUGUUCGUUUCCCUUGUUCUCACAGUUAUUCCAAACUCUAUUAGCUCAAAAAUCAGCAGACUUUAAACGCUCCACAACUUCAGCAAUGGCUCGAAUUUUCUCCUACAAGCAUCUCUCUAUUGCCCCUCAAACGAACAACCAUUUUCUUCCUUCUUCCCUCUACCUCCUCCAUUCUCAAUCCCCCCUUUCCACUGACAAAGAAGUUGAAACACUUUACCGCAUCAUAACAAUAACACAAACACCAGAGGGACUAAAACAAUCACUCAAAUCAUCACAAAUCAGCUUAUCGAACGACUUAAUUGAUAGAGUUCUCAAAAGGGUACGUUUUUCUCACUCGAACCCAUUACAAGCUUAUGAGUUCUUUAAAUUUGCAGCUAAACGUAAAGGGUUUUACCAUACUGGUUUUUCUUUAGAUACCAUGUUGUAUGUACUUGGUAGGAGUCGUAAAUUUGACAAGAUUUGGGAGGUUUUAGUUGAAAUGAAGAGAAAAGAUCAAUCUUUAAUAACGCCAAGAACAGUUCAAGUUGUUUUGGGUAGAGUUGCUAAGGUUUGUUCAGUUAGGCAAACUGUUGAGUCUUUUUGGGGCUUUAAAAAACUCUUAAAAGAGUUUGGUGUUGAUUGUUUUAAUGCAUUGUUGAGGGCUUUGUGCCAGGAGAAGAGUAUGAGUGAUGCAAGGAAUGUGUACCAUAGCUUGAAAUGUAAGUUUAGGCCAAAUUUGCAAACUUUUAAUAUAAUUUUGUCUGGUUGGAAGUCGUCCGAGGAUGCAGAGGGAUUUUUUGAUGAGAUGAGGGAUUUGGGUGUUGAACCGGAUGUUGUUUCGUAUAAUUGUUUGGUGGAUGUGUAUUGCAAAGGGAGAGAGAUGGAAAAGGCGUUUAAGGUGGUGAAGGAGAUGAGAGAGAAGGAUAUUACUCCCGAUGUGAUAACUUAUACGAGUUUAAUUGGAGGGUUGGGGUUGGUUGGACAACCUGAUAAGGCGAGGGGCGUUUUGAAGGAUAUGAGGGAGUAUGGUUGUUAUCCGGAUGCGGCAGCUUAUAAUGCUGCAAUUAGGAACUUCUGCAUUGCGAAGAGGAUUGGGGACGCGUACAGUUUGAUGGAUGAGAUGAUAAUGAAUGGCUUGAGCCCCAAUGCCACUACUUAUAAUGUGUUCUUAAGGUCAUUUUUUUGGGCAAAUGAUUUGAGAAGUUCGUGGUCUUUGUAUCAGAGGAUGAAGGAGACUUGGUGCUUACCGAGUACACAAUCAUGUAUGUUUUUGAUCAGGUUGAUUAGGAGACACGAUAAGGUGGAGAUGGCACUUGAGUUGUGGGAUGACAUGAUGGAGAGAGGAUUCGGCUCAUAUAUUUUGGUUUCUGAUGUUUUGUUUGAUUUGCUUUGUGAUCUGGGAAAAUUGGCGGAGGCAGAACGGUGUUUCUUGCAAAUGGUGGAUAAAGGGCAAAAGCCAAGUAAUGUUUCUUUUAGGAGGAUCAAGGUGCUUAUGGAAUUGGCUAAUAAACAGGAGGCCCUUAAGCUUUUGUCAGAAAAGAUGGCUUCUUUUGGUUCCUCCACCCAACUAAUCCUAGAGGCUAAAGCGGAAUAUGAUUUAUGAACAAUCAAGUUCUGACUUUGCAACCAGCUGAAUGCGGACUGUUAUUCCUGUGCCUCACUAUGGUCCGAUGAGUUCUUUGGUCCUCGAUUGGAUGCAUUGGUUUAAUCAUGUAAAGGUGGACUCUUCAAUCAAUGGACCUUUGACCGUAGGCAGCUACUGCAGAACUCGACAAAUGAGACUUUGCAAGUGAUGAAGUAGUCUAUGUCAAUUAGUUGGAAAGUCACUUGUUUCUUGGCAUAUCAAGAAGCAAGAAUCAGUUGCACUUUCCACUAUUUGAAAAUUAUGUUCAGCAUGCAAGAAGAAGCACAUUGAGAUCAGAUAUCAUUUUAUUCGUGAUCAUAUUGCUGAUAUCUUGAUGAAGGCUUAAUCUGAAGGGAGAUAUUGCACAUAAAGAGACUGAAUUGGUAUUGAUAAUGUCGCUUGAAGGAGUCAAGUCAUGAAGAGCAUACACGAGUUGAAUGAUACACCCCCAAAGAAGUAGUUCAAGUAGAAGAGAGAACUGAACAGGAAGAUUCAGUCAGACAAGACACUAAUUACUUUGUCAGGUUUUGAAGAAGAAAGUGGCCAGACAAGCAUGCUGAGGAAUUUGCAAUAGCAAGUGAAGGACAACAUUCACAGGCUUUGUCACACUCUGAUUUUCACUCAUGUACUGGAAAGUAUUCUUAGGUUUGCAUUAUCUAUGCUCUUGAAAAAGCUAUUUGGUGCAUUGAAGAGUAGAGACUGAAAAAGGAAAAGCUUGUAGUGUGAUAUUUGUGGUGAGCAAGCUGAAAAACCACUUUUAUUCUUUUGUUUUGUUGGUGAGCGAGAAAAAACAGACCUUGUAAGCCUUUUGUGGGGAUCGAGAUAACUAUAGUUUUGUGGUAAUCAUACUCGUUACUUGUAACUGAGCUAAAUAAGAAAAGAAACUGUGAUAGAA